GAUCGGUUGUAAACAUUUUAUCAGCCGAUACAGAAAAUUUGUUUUGAUAACAUAAAAUAUUCCAGAAAUUAUUUUACCGAUUAUAGUGUGUAUAUAAUAACUAUGCUGAAAAUAUUUCCAAUCUUUAGAAGAAAAUUAACUCACGUUUGUAGUUUAAAACCAUAUAAGGAUACAAAAUGGCUAAUGCCAAAUGGAAACCCAACAGGAGUGUAUAUUUACAACUGUGUAGCUGAAGGAAGAGUUCCUAUAAUACUUAAUGACCCAACCAUUGCUACGUGGUAUUCAUGUGGGCCUACAGUGUACGAUUCGGCGCAUAUUGGACACGCUUGUUGCUACGUGAAAUUAGAUAUUAUACAAAGAAUACUAAAGUCAUUUUUCAACAUUAAUCUCGUCACUGCAAUGGGAGUCACCGACAUAGACGACAAAAUUAUCAAAAAAGGUCUCGAGACUAACACUGACUUCAAAACUGUAGCUAAAAAGUAUGAACAUGAGUUUUGGAUGGAUAUGUCAAGUUUGAACAUAGAAAAACCAAUGAUUAUUACACGAGUAUCUGAACAUAUUGAAACUAUAAGUCAAUUUAUAAAAGGACUUAUAGAUUCUGGGAUAGCUUAUAUUGCCAAGGAUGGUUCAGUUUAUUUUGAUACUUCAAAAUUCCCAGCCUAUGGAAAAUUACAAGCUGGCCAAGAUAAUGGUGAAGCUAGUGAUGACGCCAAGAUAAAUAAAAUGGACUUUGCUCUAUGGAAAGGUGUUAAGCCAAGUGAACCUUCGUGGCCAACAGAUUGGGGUGAAGGUAGGCCAGGAUGGCAUAUAGAAUGUUCAGCUAUGGUUAGUAAAAUAUUUGGUUCACAAUUAGAUUUUCACGCUGGUGGUAUAGACUUGAAAUUUCCACACCAUGAAAAUGAAGAAACCCAAUCUUGUGCCUAUCACAACUCCAGGCAAUGGGCUAAUUAUUGGGUUCAUGUAGGACAUUUAAAUUUAAAAGAUACAAAAAUGUCCAAAUCACUUAAAAACACUAUAUCGAUUCCUGAUGUGUUAGAAAAGUACAGCGCAGACACCUUUAGGAUGGCAUGCUUAAUGUCGAACUACAGGUACCCUAUGGAGUACAGUGAUGAAGUAAUGUCCACUGCAGAGGAGGUUGUAAACAAAUUCAAAUUCUUCUUAAAAGAUGUCGAAGUUUACGCAAACAAAAGAGAUAGUGGGGUCGGAGAUUACAACAAUAAAUUACUGAAUGAAUUGCAAAAAGUUAUUGAAAAUAACUUAGAAGCUUUAAGAUCUGAUUUUGAUACAGCUAGCUGUGUUAAUGCCCUAUUAAACUUAGUUACUCAGACAAACAGAAUAAUAAAAGGCAACACAUCCAAUUACUAUCCAGUGCCUGUCUUAUUAGUCGCUGACUAUAUAUUGCAAGUUUUAACAAAGUUUGGUUUGAUGUUGUCUGACUCUUCUAGAGAUAAUAUUAGAAACAGUUUUAUAGAUACUUUAGUUGAAUUCAGACAUAUAGUAAGGUCGAACGCUCUUGAAAGAAAAGACAAAGAACUGCUAAAUGCAUGCGACGUAGUUAGGGAUAAAAUGAAAUCAAUGAAAAUUCAAAUAAAUGACAGUAAAAAUACGCCAUCUUGGGUCAUAAUCAAAUGAUAUCAUUGUACGUAUACAAAUAAGUUAAAGUGUUUAAUGUAUAAAAUUAUACAUACUUUGUUUAUAUUAAUAUAUUUUGUAAAUGAAUUA